CUGGUUACUAGGAAGAAAAAGAUUUCCUCACGUAGUAACUGAGUCGGCUCAGACUCGGUGCAGCUCCUUUCAAAAGUGAUUUUAGCUGUUUUCUAAGAAAGUUUUACAAUAACUUUAAGCAAAGGAAGUUGUGUUUUAAAAGUUAACGAAGAAAGAGGUGGAGGUUAAGUUGGAGAAUGGGUAAAAAACAGGAGACAAAUCCGGACUCGGAGUAUGGAGAACCGGCUCAGUUUGACCCAACGUUCAAUGGACCCAUGAAGAAAAGAGGGUGCACUGAUAUCAUCUGCUGUAUCCUGUUUAUGGCGGUCCUCCUGGGCUACAUAGCAGUCGGGAUUUUGGCUUGGCUUUUCGGCGAUCCAAGACAUGUUCUUUAUCCAAGAAACUCAACUGGAUGGUUCUGCGGCAUUGGAGAGAAUGAAGGCCGACCCAACCUGUUCUACUUCGACUUCAUCAAGUGUGCCACAUCUGUUAAUGUUAUGGCAAAUGCCCUUAAUGGUUUUCAGUGUCCAACCAUGCAGGUGUGCGUGGAGAGCUGUCCCUCUGAGUUUUGGGCUGUGGGGAUACCGUCAUAUUUAUCUGUAAAGCCAGCAGACGUUUUCAAUCAAACUCUCUGUGUGCCAUCCAUAGACCUGGCAACAACUAAGUUGAGUGUUCAAAACAUUGUGGACAAGGAGCUGUGUCCUUUCUUCUACAUGCCCACGAUCUCUGUGCUGGGGAGAUGUUUGCCCGAUAUCACAGCACUGGACAGGGUCCCUUCGUUCUUCUCAGAUAUUCCAGGUUUACCCUCCUCAGUCAAUGACACAGUCAACCAAAUGAUGAACGGCACAGGGGACAUUGUGAAUGGCUUCAAUGCCAGAGACAUUGGCAUCCGCAUCUUUGAGGAUUUUGCGUCGUCAUGGCCGUGGAUCCUCGUUGGUCUGGUAAUAGCCAUGGUGGUCAGCAUGCUGUUCCUGUUGCUGCUGAGAUUCACCGCUCCAGUGAUGGUGUGGGUGCUCAUCGUAGGAGUCCUGGGUGCAGGGGCAUACGGUAUAUGGCACUGCUACUGGGAAUAUAGUAACUACAAGAAUGCCUCUGCUACCAUUUCUAACAUCGGUUUCACAACCAACUUUAACGUUUACCUGCAAGUCCAAGAGACCUGGCUGGCGUUCUUGAUAAUCAUAUCUGUGGCGGAGGCCAUCAUUCUCCUGACCAUCAUCUUCCUGAGGACCAGAAUCCUCAUCGCCAUCGCCAUCAUCAAGGAGUCCAGCAAGGCAAUCAGUCACAUGAUGUCCUCUCUGCUCUACCCUCUGGUCACCUUCGUUCUCGUGCUGGUGUGCGUCGCUUACUGGGGCGCCACUGCUUUAUAUUUGGCCACUUCAGGAGGCCCGAUCUACAGAGUGGUGGCUCUGAACUCCACUAUGAACGACUGCAAGAGUAUCAACGGCUCUGUGGACUGUGACCCUCAGAACUUCAACACGUCAGACUACCCAGGCUGCCCCUCAGCCAGCUGCAUAUUCAUCAAAUACAACGAGGAGGGUGUCUUCCAGAGGAACCUCUUCAACCUGCAGAUCUACAACGCGGUGGCUUUUCUCUGGUGUGUCAACUUCAUCAUCGCCUUGGGCCAGUGCACGCUGGCAGGGGCCUUCGCCUCCUACUACUGGGCCUUCAACAAACCCAACGACAUCCCCUACUUUCCUUUGUCUGCUAGCUUCAUACGCUCUCUCAGGUACCAUGUGGGCUCUUUGGCGUUUGGUGCUUUGAUCCUGACCCUGGUGCAGAUAGCGAGGAUGAUUCUGGAGUACAUCGACCACAAAACCAGACAGGCUCAGAAUCCAUGUGCACGUUUCAUAUUGUGCUGCAUGAAGUGCUGCCUCUGGUGUCUGGAGAAGUUCAUAAAGUUCCUCAACAGGAACGCUUACAUCAUGAUUGCUAUUUAUGGGAAAAACUUCUGUGUCUCAGCCAAAAAUGCUUUCAUGCUGCUCAUGAGAAAUGUAGUGAGGGUUGUGGUGCUGGAUAAAGUCACAGACCUGCUGUUGUUCUUCGGGAAGCUCCUUGUGGUCGCAGGAGUGGGCGUCUUGUCCUUCUUCUUCUUCUCUGGACGAAUAUCGCUACCAGGCAACACCUUCCGCACUGAAACCCUCAACUACUACUGGAUGCCAAUUAUUACGGUGGUGUUUGGAAGCUACCUCAUAGCCCACGGAUUCUUCAGUGUGUACAACAUGUGUGUCGAUACACUCUUCCUCUGCUUCUUGGAGGAUUUGGAGCGUAACGAUGGAUCUUUGCAGAAGCCUUACUUUAUGUCCAAAAACCUCAUGAAGAUCCUCAACAAAUCCAACAAAGCCCCGAAAAAGGUUAAAGGGAAAGAAUGAAAUCAUUUCAACUCCUAGGUUUAUGAUGCCACUAACACAGUGUCACAGAAUAUCAGGAUCUAUAUUUUUUAAUACCUUUUCAAUUGUUUUUCAAACAAGUCUACUGAAACUUAUUUGCUGAUUUUGCACCUUUUCUUUUUUAUUGUAUAUAUGCAAAUGUAGUAUUAAUGGCUGUGCACAUGAAAGGACUGUGAAAUUCAAAGUGUCUUAGACAUCAAAUGUAUUUGUUAAAAUAGUUUUUCUUUGUCUCAUGACAAGAAAUCCCAAAAUAAUUUUCUUUUACUCUUAACAAUUUUUUCUGGCUUAUAGCUGUAUCCUCCGUUCAUUUUAGACUUAUUUAUCUUGGGUUUGUUAAUCCAGUUUAAUGGCUUUUAAUGCAAGUAAGAGUUUGACCUGCGGUAAGUUAUUUUCUAUUUUUAAUCACGUUCUUUCAUGGAUGAUUCCUAAGAUGUGUUUUCAUCAGAUGGAACAAAAAUAAAUAGCAACAGCAAAAAGUAAUAUUUUUUAGAUAUUUGUAAAAAAAAAAAAAAAAAAAAGUUAUAAACACAAAACAUUAUUUACAAUCACAAUAAUGGUACUGAUUAUAUGGAUAGGUUGUCAAUAUGUACAUGACAAUACUGUUUGUCUUCCAUCAACCUACUGUACUUUCUCACCUUCACAGAUGCUCCUGUACAUGUAAACAAUCAUGGUUGAUAUUAUUUACUAAUCUUAGGUUUUUCUUGUUUAUCAGAUAACCCAUUUACAUUUUUCUUCCUUUUGUGAAGCCUGCAAAUACAGAACCAUAAAAAAAAAAAA